AUGUCGUAUUCAUGUAGUGAGAAGACCUAUUUAAAGAACAACAGCACAAGCAAGUCAAUCGUGAUGGUUUUGAUGGCUUUAGAUGGGUUUUGUAAGGGCUUGGGAAUUUCAUGUUCUGACCGUACCCAGUACUAUAUAAAUGUCAAAAUUUUUGCCAUAAAAUUGAUGCAGUUGGACCUAACACUGACAGAGCUUUUGAUGAGAAUACCAACUUGUGAGAUAUGCUAUGAAACUUUCUGCUAUGCAGGGUUAACUGGCCAUGAUCUCAUUAUGAUGAAUAAAGAGAUCCAGGAAAUUAUUUUACCAAAGAUUAAGUUUAAUGUUCAGCCUUUCAGCUCCAAUCAGACAAAGUUCAGUGGGUCUUGGGACUGUGUUGGGUUCUUUACUGUACCCAUCUGGUGUGCUCUGUUAGUGACGCUGCUCCUGCUGUUCAUCCUGUUCUCGGGAAUGUACAUGCUGGGUGACAUCAAAACCAUGGACCGCUUUGAUGACCCCAAGGGAAAACCCAUCAUGGUUGCUACAACAGAUUAA